GAUAUGGCGGUUAUGAUGUCUUCACUAUCAUCGCUUUUUAAACAUUCAUAUAUGUCAAUAAGAUCUCCAAUAGGAUCUUUUUCAACUUCAUUACCGGUAAUGUUGAGUCAUUUUGUCAAUACUAAUAUUCUUCAAUCCAAAAGUGAUCACCAGUGUCUUUUCCAAACACCUCGUCGAUAUCGAAGAAGUGAAGAGGUGAAGAAAUACUACUCAGAAACUGGUGAUUAUAAUCCUCCGAAUCAAGAUGUCAUUGAUCGAUUCAAACGCUUACGUUGGGGUGCGUUUAUUCAUGCACGAACUGGUCGUGCUAAACAUUUGUAUAGGCGAAGUGAAGCUGAAAGAGCUCGACGCUCUGAACACGUCUUGACUAAUCGUGCAACAUCCUUCCUGUUAGAUAAUAUGCUUAAUGAACAAUGGCGUAAACCGAAAUAUUAUCCGAAUGAUAUAUACGAACCGUAUCAUAAAAGAACUGGAGUCCCUUGGGAUUAUGCACUGAAAAAGCCAAAAUUCUUUCCUUAAUUGUUUUUUUUUUUGUGUCAGAAAGAAAAAGAAUGUUUUGUUUGAUUAAACUUGCCUUGUAGAAAAUACACAGAAUUGAUUCGC